AUGGAAAAAGAAGAAGGAAAGAGGCAAGUACAAGAUGUCGAAGAAGAUAACAGAAGAAGAAAUUCAACGGAUCAAGAGAUGGAGGACAUCAUGUCGGACAUGGAGGGGGAAGACAGCUUCCUCUUCUCCGACGACCCCUUCCCUUCUCUGCCUGACUUCCCUUGCCUCUCCUCCCCUCCGGCAACUCCUCCUCCCUCCAAGAAUUCGCCGUACCCGUCCUCGUCCAACUCUUCUUCUUCAUCCUCGUCGUCGUGGUCGUUUUUCUGCGUCCCCACCGCAGGAUCCGACGUGCUGGCGCAGACGCCGACGCAGCCGCCGUCGGAUCCGAAUUUGGCUGCAGUCGGCGAGGGCGCCGAGGGGCUGGAUUUCCUCGGCGAGGGCGAUUUCUUCGAUCUUUCCGAUCCCUGGGACCCCCUCUCGCUCUUCCCCGGCGAGAAUCUCAUGAUCGACGACGGGGGCGGGUCCGUCGAUCCGCUCCCGACGCCGAUCGAGCUGGACCUCCCCGGCGAGGAAAAGCAUGAUGACUGCGAUGAUGAGAAUGAGAAAUGCGGAGCGAGAGCGGAGGGAGGAGAAUGCGAGGAUCUCGCGAAGGUGUUCUUGGAGUGGCUGAAGAGUAAUAAGGAUACGAUAUCGCCCGAGGACCUGCGGAGCAUCCGGCUCAAGCGAUCCACCAUCGAGUGCGCGGCCCGCCGCCUCGGCGGGGGGAAGCACGGCAGGAUGCAGCUGCUGAAGCUGAUCCUGGCGUGGGUCCAGAACCACCACCUCCACAAGAAGCGGGGCGCCACCACCACCACCACCACCACCGCACCUCCUCCGCCGAAGCGUCGCAUGUCGCGGGCUUCUCCUACUUCAACCAGAAUGCUCCCUUCCUCCUCCCGGAAAAUUCUAUCGGCGGUGCCGCCGUCUCCUUACGGAGCUAUGGCUUGUAAUGAAUCCCUUUAUCCGAGUGCGGCAGCAGCGCCGUACGGUGGCUACCACCACAGUUGCACCACCAGCAGCGUCGUCGUGAACAGCCAGCCAUUCUCCCCGGCCGCCGACUUCCAUGCAGUGGACCCCGCAGCUAUGGCAUGGCCGGCCCACCAUUUCGGGCCCGCGCCGGGGCCGCACUUCCCACAAUUCCAAGGCGCAGCAGCAUCGUCGCACUCCCCGGCUGCGGUCGCGGCGCUGCCAUUUCCUGCGGCGGCAUUUCCGAACCAGUUCGCGGGCAAUCCGCUGUACCACCAGGGCCAGCGCCUCGUGGGGCUGGCGUCGGCCACGAAAGAGGCCCGCAAGAAGCGGAUGGCACGGCAGCGACGGUUGUCUUCGUUGCACCACCACCGAAGCGCGCAUCAGAAUGGCCCGAACCAUGCUGCAGCUGCCGAGCUGGGAUUGGGGCCGUCGAGCGAGAGUAAUGCCGGCUCAUCCAUGCAUCUUGAUUGUAGGAAUUGGGCUUUCUGGUCGUCGAUAUCGUCGCACACUCAGCAAGUGAAGGCGGUGGCCGAUGUCCUGUCGCCGCCGCCGCCGCUGCCGCUACUUCCGCUGAGCUCCAAUCCAUCACACAUGAAGCCGCCACAGGCUUCGCAGCAGACGUCGAUGCCUCAGCAGCAGCAGCAGCAGCAGCAGAAUUCUCAGCGCGGUGCAGCGACUGCUGCGGAGAGGCGCCAGGGUAUGAAGGUUGAGAAGAACUUGAGAUUUCUUCUGCAGAAGGUGUUGAAGCAGAGCGACGUUGGAAGCCUCGGAAGAAUUGUGCUUCCUAAAAAAGAAGCAGAGAUACAUCUACCGGAGCUCGACGCAAGGGAUGGGAUCUCCAUUCCCAUGGAGGAUAUCGGAACUUCUAGGGUUUGGAACAUGCGCUACAGGUUCUGGCCCAACAACAAGAGCAGAAUGUAUCUCCUGGAGAACACUGGAGAUUUUGUACGAUCGAACGGGCUUCAGGAAGGUGAUUUCAUAGUGAUCUACUCCGACGUCAAGUCCGGCAAAUACAUGAUACGGGGAGUGAAAGUCCGGCAACCACUGGAGCCGAGAGUGAUGAGCGGCAAGAACGGGGGGAAGGCGCAUCAAAAGCUCGGCACGUCGCAGAAGUGCACUUCCGUUAUCAACAACGACGGUGACGACGACAACAAAACUACCAACAAUAUUGGUGGUAUGGGAAAUAAGGGGGAUCCACUCGCGAUAACGGAGGUGAGGAUGCCUCUCAUAUGA